AUGAACCACACCCUCCUCCUGACAACCCUCCUCUCAUCACAACUCCUCACAAGCUCAAAUCUGUUCUUCCACUCACGACUACAAGACACCAACGGCAUCAUGCCAGGCAGAACAAUACCCUUCCACCAAGGCGAACUCGCCCUCCACGAGCAGCUCAAAAUCCCCCGCCACAGAGCGAACCCCACAGCCGCGGGCCUCCCGCCCUCCUACGGCACCCGCAUCGCCGCCGCCCCGCUCCUGGCCCUCGGCACCCUCGACGCUGAACGCCGGCCGUGGACGACGCUAUGGGGCGGGGAGGCGGGCAACGUGGCGAGGCCGAUUGCGGAGGACGUGCUUGGUCUCAGGAGCGUGGUUGACGUUGCUGAUGAUCCGGUGUUUAAGGCUCUUUGGGGGGCCGAAGGGGAGGUAGACGGGGACCAGCAGCAGCAGCAGCAUUUGCAAGAGGUGAUUCAGCCUGGGAGGGGUCCGGAUGGAGGGAAACUCGUCUCCGGGCUGGCCAUCGACCUCACGACGCGGGAUCGCGUAAAGUUCGGAGGGAGGAUGGUAGCCGGGGCGGUUACGGUUCCCUCGGAUGGCAUUGCUGCCGCUGAGGACCGGAGCUCUUCCUCCUCCUCGGAAGUACAAAUCGCGGUGCACGUCGAAGAGAGUCUGGGAAACUGCCCCAAGUACCUCAACAAAAAGGACGUCAUCCCGCGGGCGUCGCUCGUCAAGGGCAGAGUGGAGCGGGAGUUGCCGCUGUCUGAGGAGGCUGUGAAGGUCGUGCGCGGGGCGGAUAUGCUUUUCCUCACGAGCGGACACGAGGAGGGAGGGGACGAUGGUGGCAGUGGCAGCAGUAUGGAUACGAACCAUAGGGGAGGGUCGAGGGGGUUUGUGAGGGUUGCGAGGAACGAUGAGGGUGGCGUGGAGAUUGUGUAUCCUGAAUUUUCCGGCAAUCGGUUAUAUCAGACGCUGGGGAACCUUAAACUGAACCCCUUGGUCGGGAUCGCGAUACCAGACUUUGAGACGUCAGACGUCCUUUACCUCACGGGAUCGGCAUCGAUACUCGUCGGACAAGACGCGGCAGCCUACCUACCACGCACGAAACUCGCCGUCAAAAUCACCGUGUCGGCCGCGGUCUUUGUACAGUCCGGCCUACCCUUCUCCGGCACCCCCCUCGAGCCGUCGCCGUAUAACCCACCCGUGAGACCGCUCUUCUCCGAGCAGCAGCAUGUUCCGAGUUCGUCUACGGAAAGCACCAGAACGGCCACGCUGCUGCGCCGCGAGAUCAUCACGCCGACGAUUGCGCGGUUCGUCUUUGGCCUGGAGCCCGCGGCGCAGUGGGAGGCGGGCCAGUACGUCACGUUUGACUUCGCGGAGGAGCUGGACGUCGGGUGGAGUCAUAUGCGCGACGACGAGCCGCAGAGCCUGAAUGAUGAUUACGUGAGGACUUUUACGGUUUCGAGUCCGCCUGGAGAUAAGGGAGGGAAGGAAUUUGAGAUUACGGCGAGGAAGAAUGGUCCGGUCACGAAUAUGUUGUGGAGGUGGAAUUUGAGGGUUCCGUUGGAGGUUCCUGUGCUUGGGUUUGGCGGAGAAGAGGCGUUCAGGAUGGAUAGGGGGAAGGGGGAGAAGGGUGAUGGCGGCGGUGAUGAUGUUGAAGAGGUGUUUGUUGCUGCUGGUGUUGGGAUUACGCCUUUGAUUGCGCAGGCUGGUGGUGUUUUGGAAGCUGGUGUGAGGAUAAGGGUGUUGUGGACUGUCAAGGGAGAGGACGUGAAGUUGGUGAGGGAUGUUGUUGGGAGGGUUCCUGGGUUGGCUGGUGUGUUGAGGGUGUUUGUGACGGGUGAGGUUGGAGAGGCGGAGGAGGCGAUGGUGCGGGAGUUUGAAGGGUUUGGGGCUGUUGUAGAGAGGAGGAGGAUCAGGGCUAGCGAUGUGAAGGAUGGUGGUAUCAAGAGGAGGUACUUUUUGUGUACCGGGCCGGAGAUGCUCAAGGUCUUGAAUGGGUGGUUGGAAGGCGAGGAUGUGGCAUUUGAAGACUUUGCUUUUUGA